CAACUGCUCGCACACCAAAACAACAACAGAGCAAAACGCGUUUACAAAAACGCUAAAUUAUAAGAAAUAUAAUGGAAUUAUCGCCCAUUAAUCAAAUUGAGGACAGAAAACCAACACUUACUGCUGACGGCCUGGUGCAAACAUCAAAUUCACCAUUUGAGCCCACAGCAACAACAACGACAACAACAGCAGCAGCAGCCGCAACAGCAUCAGCGGCAACAACAACAACCGUUUCACAGGAGACGCAAACAUCGAACGGCAUCGGCAUCGGCGGCCCGCUGACAGUUGACCAGCUUGACAUCGAAAUUUUGCCGAUCAUCUACGACAUUGUGCGCUGCGUGGAGAAGGAUCCCCUCGAGAACGCUGUGAAGCUGCGCGAGUCACAGGACUGCAAUCACAAGAUCUUUGAGCUGCAAAAGCGCUUCGAUUCGGCGCGCGAGCAAAUAAAACAGCUGCCGGGCAUCGAUUACAACAAGGAGGAGCAACUGCAGCGCCUGGAACUGUUGCGCAAUCAGCUCAAGCUGAAGCAGCAGCUCAUACGCAAAUACAAGGAUACGGAGUUCUAG